GACUGUCGUUUAUUCUUGCGAGUUGCGAGUUACGAGACGGGAAUCGGGAGCAUCGAAGCUCCGUCGCCGACAGUCUGACACCCCAGAGACCUCCAUCGAAGCCUCGUCGCCGUCGCAGCUGCAGCCGUCCGUCGCCCACACGCUCCAGCUCCGUCCGUCGCCGUCGCCCUGUCAGCUCCGUCCGUCGCCGUCGCCCCGUCAGCUCCGUCCGUCUUUGAUUCAAGCAAUUCAAUUAUUGACUUACCACCUAGUAAUUAAUGGCUUCAUCAAGUGCUUCGGCUACUCAAAGUGUUGGUUCUUCUGAAGCAAUCACACUUAAAAGGAGAUCAAAUGAUGUAGGGUGGGAAUAUGGUAUUUUAGUUGAUGGGAAAAAUUUGGAUAAAGUAAAAUGCUUGUUGUGCGGGAAAGUUUUAUCCGGUGGAGUGCAUCGAAUAAAAGAGCAUAUUGCUCAUAUACAAGGAAAUGUUAGUCCAUGUUCUAAAGCUAUUAAAGAUGAUCAACUUAAGUGUAGAAAUGCACUCAAUGAAGCCAAGAUGAGAAGGAAAAAUAAAAAAGUGAAUGAAGAUAAUUUAAGAGCCGGGGUGAAUAUUGAUGGUAGAAGUGAGUCAAUUGAUGUUGAGGACUUGCAAGGGUCUCUUGGAUCUAUGAAGCCACCACGUUCACUUGGCCCAAUGGAUAAGUUUGCAAGUGGCAUCAAUCCCGAAUCUUUAGGAAAGACAUUGCAACAACAACGUAUUGAUGGUGCAAUAUGGAAGGAAAGGUCAAAUAAAGUGAAAGAAUAUAUAUGUAGAUGGGCAUAUGAAGCCGCUAUUCCUUUUCAUGCAUUUGAAAAAGAUAGCUUUAAGAUGAUGUUAGAAGCAGCUGCACAAUUUGGUCCCGGAGUUGAAUCACCAAGUAGAUAUGAGAUGAGUGAAACAUUCUUGAAGAAAGAAGUUGAUAAAGUGAAAGAGUCUUUGAAGAUACAUGAAGAGGAGUGGAAGCAAAAUGGAUGCUCAAUCAUGACGGAUGCUUGGACCAAUAGAAAGAGAAGAAGUGUAAUGAAUUUGUGUGUGAAUUCAACUUUAGGCACCGUUUUCCUUACUUCUAAAGAAUGUUCACUUGAUUCACACACAAGUGAAUAUAUCUAUGAGUUUGUUGAGCAUGGUAUUGAACAAGUUGGAGUUGAAAAUGUUGUUCAAGUUGUCACGGAUAAUGCCUCAAACAACAUGGGAGCUUCAAAGUUGUUGAAAGAGAAGAGGUCAACCAUCUUUUGGACUUCUUGUGCCACCCACACGAUAAAUCUAAUGCUUCAAAGCAUUGGAAAUAUCUCAAGGUACAGGAAAGUCCUUGAUCAAGCAAAGGCUUUAACGAUCUUUAUUUAUGCUCAUCACAAGACUUUGGCAAUGAUGAGAACUUUCACAAACAAGAGAGAUAUAGUGAGGCCCGGUGUGACUAGAUUUGCAUCUUCAUUCCUUACUUUGCAAAGUUUAGCCGAGAAGAAUAUUGAACUAAGGGCAAUGUUUUCUAGCAAUGAAUGGGAGGCAUGUAAAUUUUCCAAGAUAGCUAAAGGGAAGGUAGCACACAGAACCGUAACAAGUUUGGGAUUUUGGCAAGGUGUAACGGCAUGUUUGAAGGUUUUUGCACCAUUGGUGAGAGUACUUCGACUUGUUGAUUGUGAUAGCAAGCCAUCAAUGGGGUUUGUAUAUGGUGAGCUUAUGAGAGCAAAAGAGGAAAUCAAACAUGCUUUAUCCGAUGUCCCAAGAAACUAUAAAUCGAUUAUUGACAUUAUUGAAGAAAAAAUGAAAGAUAGGCUUGACUCUCCUCUUCAUUUGAUGGCAUAUUUGUUGAAUCCUUAUUACCAUUAUAAGGAUCCACAACUUCAUUUGGACGAAGUUGUAGCUGUUGGAGUUGUUGAUUUUUGUGAUAUUCUAUUCGUCAAUGAUUUUGACAUGCAAAAUAAAAUUUUAAGUGAAGAAUUGCCAAAAUAUAAGAAGAAGGAGGUGAUGUUUGGAAGAAGUAUCACAAUCAAAGCAUGUGAGGUGAAUGAUGACAAGUUUAAUCCCGCAAAUUGGUGGUCAAACUUUGGUACUUCAGCCCCUUUAUUGAGAAGAAUAGCCAUGAAGAUUCUUUCUUUAACAUCUAGUUCUUCGGGGUGUGAAAGAAAUUGGAGCACGUUUGGAGGGAUACAUACAAAGAAGAGAAAUAGACUUGAAUCAAAUCGUCUCAACAAUUUAGUUUUUGUCCAAUUUAAUGCUACUUUGAUGAACAAGAGCAAGCAAGAUAAAAAUAUUGAAAAGUUGGUUGGUAGUGAUGCAAGUUUAGUACAAGAUUGGAUUGUGGAAAAUCUGGAGAAUGAUGAGAUUGAGCCGGGAUUGGAUUGCAAUAAUAAUGCUAUGGAAGUGGAUGAAGCAUUACAACCCCGUAGAAGUGCUAGAUUGAGGGAUCUUGAUGAAGAUAACUUUGAAUCGGAAGGGGAAAGUGAGGAGGAAUUCAAGGAAAUAAAUGAAGUGGAGUUUGAAGAUGAUGGGCUACGUGUUAUUGAGCAAUAUGGACAAGAUGAAGAAAUUGGCAAUGAUCCUAUUCAAUCAUGAUUCAUGAAUCACUUUGGAUUUCAAGACUUUAAAAUUUGGUCUUGAAUGUUGAAUUUUUGUUGAAUGUUAAUUAUGUUGUAACUUGUAAGUUUAAACUUUAAACAAUGCUACUUGGAUGUUGAAUUUUUGUUGAAUGUUAAUUAUGUUGUAAGUUGUAACUUGUAAGUUUAAACUAUGCUACUUGGAUGUUGUUUCACUUGUUUCAUUAGUUGGAUGAUUAAAU